UGAAUGAAUAAAGGAAAUGGUCAAGUCAUAAAUCUCUGAUAAAUCUCAUCUUCAUUGAAGAUCAAGAGAAGACGCUUCCAAAAAUAGGAUUCUCUCUCUGCAUUCUCGUCGUUUAGCAGGAGAAGAAGGAAGAGAGGUCCGCCUGCAAUCUUUCAUCAGGUUAGGGUUACAGAUGGAUUCAGAACGUUUACCUCCACGUCCUGCGUCUUCUACAGUUAGAUGUUACGACGGUGGCGGUAAUGGUGGUGGAGGUGUAGCUGAUGGUAGUUGUUCUUUAUUAAUGCAUAGAUCUUAUUCAGGAACCUGGCUUCGAUCAGUAGAACGAAAACACUACGAAUUUAACGAAGGAAACGAUGCUACUAUUUCGAUUGGGGAUCUCACAUUUCAGAAUGUCCCUCGCAUUGAAAUUGAAAAUGAAUGCAUUGCAUUACGCGAUAUGAUUACAACUCAACAACAAUCCAUGCGAAACCUUUCUGUUGAAUUGGAAGCAGAACGAAACGCUUCAUCAUCCGCAGCAAACGAAGCAAUGUCGAUGAUUCUCAGGCUACAGAGGGAGAAAGCAGAGGUUAUGAUGGAAAAUCGUCAAUUCAAACGUUAUGCUGAUGAAAAGAUUGCUCAUGAUCAGCAAAAGAUUUCUGCUAUAGAGGAAUUGCUUUACAAGAAAGAUCAGGCUAUUCAAUCUUUAAGCAAUGAGGUGCAGUUUUACAAACAUAGAAUGUUGAGUUACGGACUUAUUGAAUCUGAAUCAGAUGGAGAUUCUGUUCCUCCUCAAUUCGAAUUCCCUCCUAUUUACGAUUAUCCACCUCUCAAAUGCAAUAAAGUUAAUCAACAUCACGUUUAUCCAGAGAUUGAUUACGAUAUACUCGAUUUGGAAUACAGGAUUAAUCAAUUGGAAAAGAGUCCAAGAACAAUUCAUCCAGAUGGAUCUCCUAGAAACCCUAGGCAUUUCAGAAGAAUCUCGACAGGUAGUCCAAGUUCAGUUAUCGCUUCUUCCGAAUCUCCAAGGUUAAUGACUCACAUGAGAAAGAUGGAGAAUGCAUCAGAUCUUGGAGACGACUUCACUAGCGAUAGGAUUUAUACUAUUGACAAUGGAUAUUCGGAAACAAAGCAUGUUCAUAAUAAUGAUAAUGAUAACGAUUUCGAUGAUGAGUGUACGAAUACUAGUAUCGAUGAUCAAGAGAUCAAGAAACUUUACAUGAGACUUUAUGCUCUUGAGGCUGAUAGAGAAUCAAUGAGGCAAGCAAUCAUUUCUAUGAGAGCUGAUGAUGAACAAUUUGUAUUAUUGAAGGAGAUUGCUGAAAAUCUCUAUAAAGACAAGUUACCUGUUACAAGGAAUAUGAUCAUUCCUGUAAAGAAGAAACAAUCUCUUCUUAAGAGAUUUUCCUUCAUCUCCAUAUUCUUCAAGUGGAUUUUUUCGUUCAUAUUCGGGAGAAAGCUAGAACUUCGCUGCAAGUACUUUUUUGGAAUAUCGGCUAGUAGUGUGGGACUAUUGAUGCUUCUUGAGAAGGGUUGUCGGGUUGGACGACGAAGAUAUUUACCGUCGAAUACGAAUCCUUGAAGAUUAUUUCAUUCAUUUUUGUGUCGAAUUGGAUAUUUUUUAGUUCAUUGUUAAUACUCUAGAUUGAUUCAUUUGUUUUGUAAAAGAAAUUAGAGUAUUUUUUAAAAGGAUAUAUAUAGUUUGUUUUGGUUAUUCUGCCAGAGAUAGAGCAAGACUUUCU